AUCUCGCAUCUCGCUCUGCAUCUGAGUGUGUUAUCAUGACCGUGCUGCAAGCUGGGAAUCACAGGCAGGCGCUUUCAUCGCUAUUUAAUCCAUGCUGUUUUCCUUUCCGACUAUCAUUUCGACUCAGUUCAUCUCGCAGUUGCAUCUUCUCAUCUCACAGAGCCGCUACUCUUCUCUACAUAGUACGCCACGGAAGAACAGUCUUGUCUCUCCAGUGCCUGCUUUAUUCAGUGGACUCCUAAGAUCAACGAUUGAAUUCCAAGAAUGGAUCUGAAAAUGCUGGUUGUUUUCCUCGUGGUGGUAGCGUCAGCCUAUGCAAGGCUGCAUCAGACGCCUCCUCCAGAAUUCGAUGGCAGACUCAUAAACCGACCUCCUCCUCCAAAGUUCGAUUAUUACCCAAGAGGAAGAGUUGUCAGGAGUGCACCCGAAGCUGAACCCAUGCAUGAGCGCAUGCGCCGAUCGCCACAGGAUGGGAAGCACGGCAGCGUGGUGGUUUCAGGAAGCAGAACAGAGGGGCGGGGAGGUGCACCCGCUCAGCAGUCAGUACGCGGCGACUACAACCACAACUUGUGGCGAGGCAAGAAUGGCGCCACCGUCGACGCCAAUGCCUACUAUCAGCGCAACUGGGGCGCCGGGCCCAGGCAGGACUAUGGCGGUGGUAUUAGCGCAUCCAUCCCAUUCGGUCGCCGAUGAUACACUCACUUACAGUUAGAUCAAGUGCAACAAGAGAGCACAGUGAAGUAAUAUGUUCCUUAAAUAAUUACAAAUUUAUAUUUUUUCCAUGGUCUAAAUAAUUAAUUGUGUACUAUUCAGAUUUGAUUUCGAGCUGUAUAAUCAAUUCAUAGUCUAUGUUUUGUGACUAGUCAUUAGAAUUAUUAUUGUAAAAUGAUUUUCAGUUCACGUUAUCAAAUAAAGCUGACACUUAACGACAUUCA